UGCUUGAAUAAAUCUUUCUAUAAAUACUUAUCCUUUAUUAUUUUUUUUAGGUUAAUGAAGUAUCUUGGCAUGGACCAAACAUUCAAAUAUUCAAUGAAGUCACUGUUUCGCCACCUUAUAGGGUGGAAAAUGUUAUUUCUACUUCUAACAACAAGUCUCUAUGUAAUUACAUCAAGAAAAUGAUUGAAAAAUUCUUUGAGAGUGCAUCACAGGAAAAUAGUUCGGCUGCUGCGGGUACAUCAUCAGCCUCUUCGUCCACGUCGUCGUCGUUGUCUUCAUCAGCACCUUCGGCUUCAGUAGGCGCAUCUUCAUCUAGUAAUGCGGCUUCAGGUUCUCCUGUGCCAGCAAAUUAAUAGAAAAGACCAUAAAAACAUUAAAAAUAUAUACAAUAUAAAAUCUAAAGUCAUUG